AGCUGCAAAAUGCAGAAUCUGACUGAACUUACAGCCAAUGCAACAUCCCACAAAAGCCUGUCUGUGAUCAUCAAGGUGUGUGUGGUUAUCCCCUUCUUCUGUGUCUUCCUGUGCUGCAUUGCUGUCAUGCUGCACAUCUUUGCGUCUCACAGGCAGUUUCUGGACACAUCUCGUUACAUCCUGUUUGCCUACAUGCUGAUCAAUGACACCCUCCAGCUCUUGUCCUCUGUGCUGCUCUUCCUCUUUGUCAUGGGUCAGGUGAAAUUUGCUGUUGUAUACUGUGUUCCUCUGCUUUUCAUAUCCACUGCCACUUUCCAGAACACACCCUUAAUCCUGGCCACCAUGUCACUGGAGCGUUAUGUUGCCAUCUUCUAUCCCCUGCAGCGCCCGGCCACCUGGCGCUCAGACCGUAUCUGGAUCAUCAUUCUGUCUCUCUGGGUCAUCAGCUGUAUCUUCCCUAUCAUUGACUACUCCAUCGGGAAACAUGACCCUGCUGUGGAUGCCCUCUCUACCCCUGUGCUUUGCAAAACUGUCAUUAUCAACUCAUCUCCAAUCCAGACAUUGUUCAGAGCUGCUAUAAGCGUGCUGUUCUUCGCAGUAGUGGCUGUGAUCAUCCUCUUCACAUAUGUGAGAAUCCUGCUGGAAACCAGAAAGCUGAGACAGGACAGAGCAUCUGUGAGCAAAGCCAUGCACACUGUGCUGCUACACGGCUUUCAGCUGUUGCUGUGCAUGCUGGCUUUCACUCACCCCAUCACUGAAACUCUGAUAGUGCUGCAUGCUAACUGGCUACCAGAAGACAUUGCCUUUUUCAAUUACUUCUGUUUCAUCCUAAUCCCACGCUUUCUCAGCCCCCUCAUCUAUGGCUUUAGAGAUCAGAGUCUCAGGGGCUACAUCGGGAAAAGAUUCCUCUGCUGCUCAAACAAAAUCAGACCACGACUCAGAGGCAAACUGCAAGACAUCUUGUUCGCUUCUUGA